AUGACACGGGAACAGUAUAUAUUAGCAACACAGCAAAACAGUCUGCCAAGAACAGAAAACCCUCAACUUUAUCCAGUGGGGAUUUAUGGCUGGCGAAAGAGGUGCUUAUACUUCUUUGUCCUCUUGCUAUUGGUUACCAUGAUCGUUAACUUAGCCAUGACAAUAUGGAUCCUGAAAGUAAUGAAUUUCACAGUGGAUGGAAUGGGAAAUCUCAGAGUCACCAAAAAAGGAAUUCGACUUGAAGGGAUAUCUGAAUUUCUACUUCCAUUGUACGUGAAAGAAAUCCAUUCCCGAAAGGACAGUCCACUGGUCCUACAGUCAGAUAGGAAUGUCACCAUGAAUGCAAGAAAUCAGAUGGGACACAUAACAGGACAGCUGACUGUAGGUGCUGAAAGUGUAGAAGCCCAGUGUAAAAGAUUUGAAGUUAGCUCAAGUGAAGAUGGUAGAGUGCUUUUCUCUGCUGAUGAAGAAGAGAUUGUCAUUGGAGCAGACAGACUGAAGGUGACCGGCACAGAAGGAGCUGUUUUUGAGCAUUCUGUGGAAACCCCCCAUAUCAGAGCUGAACCUUCUCAAGACCUCAAGCUUGAAUCACCUACCAGAUCUUUGAUAAUGGAAGCUCCAAAGGGAAUACAAGUGAGUGCAGCUGCAGGGGACUUGAAAGCCACUUGUAGAAAAGAGCUACAUUUGCAGUCUACAGAAGGGGAGAUAUUUUUAAAUGCAGACUCAAUCCGGUUAGGGAAUCUACCGCUGGGGUCUUUUCCCUCAAUUUCCUCGCCAAGUUCAUCGGCAACAAGACAGACUAUCUAUGAGAUUUGUGUUUGUCCCAAUGGCAAGCUCUACCUUUCCCCUGCAGGAGCAGGUUCCACGUGUCAAUCCAGUGGCAACAUCUGCUUGUGGAGCUGA